AUGGGGGUAAAGGCAGGAUGUUCAUUCAGGCUGGAUGCCAAGGUUACAGGGCACCUUGCAGUGAAGGAAGUAGCUUGCAUCGUUGAUAAACAAGAAGCAGCCAUUUCAGAAAAGGGACAUCUGCCCUGUGAGCUGGUGGCCCAGCACAGAAACAGAUGGAAAGCGGGGCAACUAUGGACGCCUGGCCGGAAGCGCACGAGGGGAACCUGGUGCCACACCGGAAGGCGCUCUCGCGCAGUGGCUGUAGGGAGAAGCCCAGGCUGCUAUGUGGAUGGUGGGCUCUCCGUGUGCGAACUUAAGAGUGUGAGCUGCGAGGAUCCAGCACGGGAAGAGAUGAACUGGGUCGGGGGCUCACGGACCAGGGUUCUGAUACAACAGGAAAGAAGAAAACAGAAGGAAUACUUUGAAAAGAACAAGUUAAAAUCAAAAAUGAAAUUACUAGGAGUUUUUUCACCUGUCAAGAACCCUACUGUCAGUUUAGACCUUCUUAAUUUAUACAUGGUAAAUCAGAUAUCAUCCAAGAGGAAAACACAUGAAACUGUGAAAAGACCAACUCAUGUGAAUAUGAAUAGAGAUUUGAAAAUUCCACUAAGAAAGCAUGACUUAGAACUUCCAAUGUCACCUCAUUGUGUACCUUCUAAACUGUGCAUCGAUGACAUGGAAAAGAAUGUACCCUAUCAAAGAUUAUGUAGCAAGGAAGAAACUGGCCCAGUUCAGUCAUCACAGAACAUGAACUCAUACAGAAUGUUCAACAAAACAGAAAACUGCAGUUAUAUUCCACCAUCUUUUCCAGCAGAACUACCUUCUAACAGACAUAUUCCAAACCAAAACUCUACCCCAAGGAUAGCACCAAAUCCUCUGAAAUUUACAUCUGAAAAAAACCAAAAUGAGCAGUUCAGUAAUGGAACGUUUUCCAAAUUAAAUAAACAUCAAGAUAUUUUCAGUUCUUCUCAGAAAACAGCAGGGUUUGGAGCAACAUAUGAGGGAAUGAACAGUCCAGGAACUGGUGGUUUCCUUACUGAAAGACCUGCGAUUCUGGGUGAAGAUUGUGGAAGCCUGUAUGAAAGAAGACAGCCAGACUGUGCUACUGAAAAAACAUCAGUGCAACACAUUUGGGGGAGUAAUGGGAAAGUGGUCUCUGAUUUUCCUGAAGAUAUGAUCCAGCCAACUCAGAGACAUCUGUCAUCUAGACAUGACUCAGAUGUGUUUGUCAGUCACAACAUGAUCAAUUUAUUAAGUAGAGAUCAGCCAGGGAGAAUGGCUACCUUUCAUAAGUGUGGCUAUGGUAGUCUGAGUGACACUUGUGUAGUUUCUUCUGAUGAAAGCCAAUCCACCAGUGUUGGGUUCAUCAAAAGGAAUUGUCCAGUUCCACAGGCAGAUUUUCAUAAUCCUCCACUUAAUACAAGUUACUUAGGAACAUGUCAGUCAAAGAAGCCCCCCUACCAGGAGUACAGCAAUAGAGAAAUAUAUGAAUUUAGAAGAUCUUUUGAGACAGAUUGUCACCCAACCAGCUGUGGAAGAAAAGGAAAAUUUGAAAGUGAUGGCCAGGAGAAAGCACUGCAGGGAAAUACCUGGGAAUGCCCAGUGUACGCCAUGGGUGCUAUGCCUUUGAAAGAAUUACAUCAUAAGCAGUCAUGUGAUUUUGACCAUAAUGAGAUCCCAUUGGAAGGAAGACGAAUGUAUCCUUUAAAAGGGAGGUCAAUGUCUACUGAGAAAAUCUCUAUUGAGUCUUCGCAGAGCAGCCAGUCUGCCAGCUACUCUCCACUGCAGACCGAGAGUAUGUUCAGCUCCAGUCCUGACUUGAUAUCUGAAGACGAAGAUCAGACACAGCAGCAAACUGAAGGGUCAAAUAAGAAAGCCACAGAAACAACUGACACUUUUUAUCUAGAGAAGGUGGAAGAGCAUUUAGGUGACAUAAUUGUGAAAGACAAUGUCAAAAUUCAUAAACAGAAAGAUUAUUUCCCCCAUUCUCCAGUGAAGGAUAAUACUGGCAUAUUUCCAGUGUCUGGAAGGUGUGACUUAGGGGUACAGACAGAGAAAGAGCUGCUUAUGGGGACAACAGCAGAUGUUGCCAUACAGUGUACCAUAAUUUCCCAGUGUUCAUGUCAAAGUAGUCCCGAUGUUUCUGUAACAGAGGUCCCUUCCCUUCAGAAGGUUGGCAGCUGCAGUAAAGAUAUUAUAGAACAUACCACUGGAGGGCAGGAAACACUUGCAGAUAACUCACUCUAAAAUCUCAGUUUAGGAUGUAGUGUUUCAUUUAACCUUGGAAGGCAAUAGGAAGUCUUUAGAUCUUCAUUAAUGUAAUGAGUAAUGAGGAAAUGAGCCUGAGCAUAAAGGGGAGUUUCUAAGUUCUGAUGUUUGCAAUUAUAGUAUUUUUGUUUUUAAUGUUU